UUUGGCGUCAUCUACGCCUCGAUGCGCCUUGCUUCUUACUCUGGCUAUUAUCAUCGACCGAGUCAUGAUAUCUCGCCGUUGAAGCCCCCGAGCCAUAAAGAAACAGGCGGAUACGCCCGUCCGUGCCAAUGAGGGAGAUCUUCAGUGACAUCAGUGAUUCUCAUUACAAUGGAUCAAUAUGACGUCCGCCCAAAAAAUAGCAAAAUGGUUCCUGCUCAUGCAUUUCCAAAUUUUAUAAAUUGCCCGCCACUUUCUCCCCUGAUAUUCGCUUCUUCUGCUAUUGUCUAACACUCCUACCUUGUCUCAAACGCCCUGCAACAUGGAGUCAGUAAAGAAUGCAGUCAAAGAGGCUACCAGCUCAAGUUCGCCGUUCGAGAAAGGCUUCAAAGUGCCGAUUACCCACCAGGAUCCUCCUGGGAAACAGGGAGAUCUUCCUAUUGAACCUGUGAACACCAAGAUACCCACCGAAGAUGGCGGACUCCAGACUUAUAAAGCAGCCGGAAAGUUACAAGACAAAAAGGCUCUGAUAACAGGAGGUGACAGCGGUAUUGGUCGAGCCAUUGCCAUUCUGUACGCCAUGGAAGGGGCGGAUAGUACUAUUGCCUAUUUGCCAGAGGAAGAAGAAGAUGCCCAAGAGACCAAGCGUCAGGUCGAAAAAUAUGGCCGCUCGUGUCACUUGAUCAGUACCGACCUCAGGACUUUCGAGAACAACAAAAAAGUCGCGGAAUUUGCGUCGCAGAAAAUGGGCACAAUCAACAUCCUGGUCAAUAAUGCGGCGUACCAAAUGGUUCAGCAGGACAUCACCGACAUCUCCAACGAACAGUGGACCAAGACUUUCGACACCAAUAUCCAUUCUUUCUUCUUCCUUUCCAAACUCGUUGUGCCACAUAUGAAACAAGGCGAUGUCGUCAUCAAUUGCGCCUCAAUCAAUGCCUACAUCGGACGACCCGAUCUCCUCGACUACACCUCUACCAAAGGAGCGGUUGUAUCGUUCACACGUGGCCUUGCCAAUCAACAAAUGAGCAAGGGUAUUCGUGUCAAUGCUGUUUGUCCAGGCCCAGUAUGGACGCCUCUCAUCCCAAGUACCAUGGACCAGUCUGCGCAAGACCAAUUCACAUCGCCUAUGGGUAGGCCUGCUCAGCCAAGCGAAAUCGCCACCUGUUUUGUCUUUCUCGCAAGCUCAGACAGCAGCAUGAUUAGCGGACAAAGUCUUCAUCCCAAUGGAGGAGUCAUUGUCAACGGGUAGAAGGCUAUACUCGGUGUAAUGAGAUUCGAUAUCAGCCUUUCUAUUCACAUUUACAGACAUUGUAGAUGU